GUGGAGAGCGGACGUGCGCUGCUGCUCCUGCGAAAAUCUCGCUCUCGGGCAGCUAUAUUCUACCAACACAUGGCCAGCACACAAAUACGAACACUUACACAAACACACAACCAAACACGCACACCUGUACACCCAGCGCGCGCGCAAAUCGCCGAAAUUAAAACAAAGCGAAAUGCGAAAAAUGUUUAAAAGUCCACGUGAAACGGUGCACAACAUAAUUAAAUAACGAAAACAAAUCGAAUCAGUAAAUUUCAAGUGGAGUUAUUUGUAGUUUUUCCGGAAAAAAUCAAUGCCGUUAAUCGACGCACACGGAUACACAUAAACGCACACGUGUGCUCCAAAAGCCAAAACACACGAAUCCACUCAAGAACACACUCACACACACAUACAUACAUACAUGCUUACAGAGGGCCUAACAAAGUGAAAGUAACAGAAUUAGCAGCACAAUUGUGAGUGAAAGUAGAGAGCAUAAAAAAUACAAGGAUAAGAAGAAGAGGGGAGAAAGGAAAGACGUUGAUUUUAAAAAGUAGCCUAAAAAUGUAAAGCACACUUUACAACGUUAGGCACCAAAUACUUAAAACUCCUUACCUCUUCUUACCCUUCUUCUUAUUUAAACGAAUGUAUGUGUGUUUAACUCGGUCAUAGUUGAGACAACAACAAAAACAAUAAACCAAAUAGAAGGGCUGAAAUAAAAAGAGAUAAAAAACAUGCAACAAAAACAAGCGGCAACAGCAGCCGCCAACGCAAAAGCAACCUGAGCAAGAUAAACACGCAAAACAAAGCGAACUGGGUCAGCAAGCGAAAAGAAGGAGGACAGUGGAGGAGGAAGGAUAGGCGGAAAAGGCUGAAGAAGCGGCAAGAAGGAGCAGGAAAGUGACCACAAUGUUGCAUGUGCUGCAGUUAAAUGUGUAGCAUACUUAAUGGGGCAAAGGGUGCGUCGCCCAAGCGGAAAUUAACUUUCGGGGCUUAAAGCAUUUUCGGCCUACAAUAGACAAUGGCGCUGGGCCACGUCAGCAACAUCAGCACCAGCAGCAGCCAAAUCAGGCGAGGCCAUUACAGCUUUAAUCCCAGAAUAGGAGCAACAAUAACAGCAACAACAUCGGCAGCAGCAACAAAUCUAAUUACAAAACAACAAUAAGGUCAGGCCCUGGUGCCGCUGAUGAUGAUGAUGAUGAUGAUGUUAGGAAACUUCCGUUUUGUUUGCCCGAGCGGAAAUGAGACGCAAUAUGUCGUCCAGUCACUGGUUACCUUUCCAACUCUGUGAAUAGUGACCUCGAGCGAAUAGAGCUGAAGGAAUCCGAACCUCGCGAUUGCCUGGAAUUUAAUUAAAGUGCAAAAAACACGAACCGAAGUCCGCGAGAAGGGUCGAAACAAAAGAGCAGUUGCCCGGGUGUAGAGGGUGUGGCGUAGGGGUGGCCCAUAAAUCUAACCGCCCACCAACACCCUACACCCAACCCAUGCUGCACGUUGUUGCAAUCGAGCUGGCCCACGUCCACUGGCCAAUUAGCUGCUGCAACAGCCGAGAGCGGCAAUCGUUUGGGCUCCAUUGAACGCGUACUCCAGCCGAGCACAGCUGCCUCUCUGAUGACUGCCGCCAAAAGACGUGCGGGCAGCAGCAACAGCAGCAGCAGCAGCAGCAGCAGUAGCAGUAGUAAUGGCAACGAACAGCAGUCCCUGCAGCAACAUCUGCAACAGCAGCAGCAGCAACAUCAGCAGGCCCAGCCAAACGAGUACCAACAAUUGCUGCAGCACCCGCACCAUCACUACCAGCAACACUACAGCAGCAACAGCCACAGCAACGGCAGCAACAGCGGCAACAGUAACGGCAGCAACCCACAGCAAUACCACCAGAGACAGCAGCAACAUCAGGCGACAUUGCGCGAUUGCUCUGUCAAAUUGCCGCUGGAUAUCCUAUGGCUACCGAAAUCGGCGAUGCGACCCGCGGGUCCUGAUGCCUCGCCCACCGACUGCAUCCUGGUGGUGGGCGUGUCCCGUCCAAAAUUGGCCGUCGUCUUCCUAACGGUCAUGCUGAUCUCACUGUUCCUCACCUUCCACGUCCUCUACGAUAGCGCCGUGUACAAUAUCCAAGCUGCCCAGGCGGUCCACGAAAGGCAUCGACUCUCUUUGGCCGCCUCCGCUUCGGCCCAGGCAUCCUCCUCAUCGUCCAGUUCCGGCUCCAGCUUCUCCUCCCCAUCAUUCUCUGGUGCUGCCUCAUCCAAUCAUCUGCCGGUAUUUGUGAAGCCCGUGCCCAGUUCCAACCAGCUAAGCCAUCCCAUGGUCUUUCCCUCCAGUCGUGUGCACUUUCCCAAAACCAGUCGACGGCUGCCACAGGCACUCAUCAUUGGCGUGCGAAAGUGUGGAACGCGGGCUCUGCUGGAGAUGCUCUACCUACAUCCAAGGAUCCAGAAGGCUGGUGGCGAGGUGCACUUCUUCGAUCGGGACGAGAACUACCUGAAGGGCCUGGAAUGGUAUCGCAAGAAGAUGCCGCACUCGUUCCGGGGCCAGAUAACCAUCGAGAAGAGCCCGAGCUACUUUGUGUCACCAGAGGUUCCUGAACGAGUGCGAGCCAUGAACGCCAGUAUCAAGCUGCUGCUGAUUGUCCGGGAACCGGUGACCCGAGCCAUUUCGGACUACACGCAGCUGCGUAGCCAUGCGGCCACCGCCAUUCUGCCGCUGGCCGAGAAGGAUCCACCCAGUCCCAGGGAGAGUUCUGGCGGGGGGGCAACCGCAGCUGCCAAGAUGCCGUUACAAUCGGUGCUAUAUGCCAAACUGCAGUCGGCCCGUGGCUAUGACAAUGCCCUGGUGGGUGGCAGUGGGGCGGGUGCCAAGGAAACCAAAAGCAAAACGGGAUCUUCUUCUUCGGUCAGAAGGCAGGUGGUGGUUGGCGGCGGAGGAGGAGGAGGUGGAGCUGGGAUGACCACGACAACAUUGUCGCCAAUGGCAAGCGCCGCCCAAAUGGCAGCCAAGUCCUUUGAGGAGCUGGCCAUAUUUCCCAAUGGCACCGUUAACGAGGCUUAUCGACCGCUCAGCAUCUCCAUGUACCAUGUCCACCUCCAUCGCUGGCUGGAGGUCUUUCCGCGCGAGCAACUCCUGGUAGUCAAUGGGGAUCGCCUCAUCGAGGAUCCGGUUUCUCAGCUGAAACGCAUCGAGGCUUUCUUGGGCAUCGAGCAUCGGGUGAAUAGCGAGCACUUUUACUUCAACGAGACGAAGGGGUUCUACUGCCUGCGCUACGACAACGGAGAUCGCUGCUUAAGAGAAACGAAGGGCAGGAAGCAUCCGCAUGUGGACCCCGUGGUGGUCUCCAGAUUGCGAAAGUUCUUUGCUGAGUACAAUCAACGGUUCUAUGAGCUGGUGGGCGAGGAUCUGGGCUGGCCGGAGGAAUAAAUUUGAAACUAGGAAAUUGGAGGGCAAAUGAAAAGUCGGUGGCUGGGCGGUUGGUCUGCCAAUAAAUCUGCCGUUGGUCAAUCGUUUUGGCUAGCUGUGCAGCCAAUUUAAUUACAAGGAGGAGAAGCAAGCAGCCCAUAGAAAAGGCAGAAGGGAAAAAAAGGCAAAGCGUGGACUUUCUGUUGGCAUUUUCCAUUGCAUAUUUUUGCGAAGGGGCGGUUCGCAGUAUUUCUGCCUGGCCGAGUCGAGCAGCUCUGACAGUUCAAUUAUGUGCGCGUAUUGAAAAAUUGCAUUCCUAUUUUCCGAGGCCAGCCCAACCGCCCACUUACCACUACCACCAUUACCAGCACUACCACAUGCAAAUUUGCCUUUACACCAGCGAAGAACAGUCGAAAGAACAAGGAGCAGCAUAUAAAAAAAAUAAACUGCACGCAUUUUGGUGUGCAGCAAGCCAUGAAAAUGUAUGUGUGUGCAUGAAUGGGGCAUACAUAUCGUAUAUAUAUAUAUAACCAAUAUAUAUAUAUAUAUAUAUCUGGCGAAAUGAAAAGCAAUAUCUACAUGAUGUUCGAAGGUUACACGUUUUCUACGUCUGUUUGUGUUCUACAUAUUUAUUCUCUCUCUCCGUUUGUGCGUGUGUGAGCUGGAGUGUCUGAGAGCAUAAAAAUUAAUUAAGCAACUAAAUGUGAUUUUAUAGCAUGUAAGCAUAGGACAAAUUGAAAAUGAUUGCGGUGUGUGGUUGUGGGUGGGUACACGGAGAGGGAGAGAGUAAUCGACGGGGGAGUGAAGUGGCAAUUAAAAGUGUAUUUAGACUAACAGUCGGCUGAAUUAAAUGUGUGCGUACAGAAACAUGAACAAAACUAAACAUAUCACUUUAGCCUAGUAUAGUAUAUAGUAUAGUGUAGUAUAUACACACUUAUAUACACACAACCAUACAUACAUAUCAGGGGUACUCGAAGUCCUCAAGCAACUUGAAUACUGAAUAUGAUUGAACUAAUGCAAUUCGUACGUUAUGUUACAUAUCGAAAGCUAAACCAACCAUGAAAUCGAAACAUAUCAGCUGCAAUCGUCGGCAAAAUAUACAAGAAAAUAAAGUAUAUAUAUAUAUAUAUUAUAUACAAACGUACCGUAGAACAUAAGUCGAGCAUCAAAUUUGUUGUAAAUGACUUUGAUUUUGACCUAGUUUGUAGUGCGCGAUGUGUCACGGAAUCGUCAUAGACAAACUUCUAGUUAAUAUAUAUAGAGCUAUAUCCUAGGUUAAUAACGCACUGCCUAAACCAAAAAGAAUAGUUAUGUCUGUUUAGAUAAUUAUACUGCACCCACUUAGUGAUAAGUUUAUCAAAGAUAGUUUUUUAAUGCAUUUUUAAGACAGAUUAUUUUAUAUUCCUAAAAGAAGAAACCAAAAACCAUAUCAAUUACGGCCACUCUACCUAUAGAUAAACUAAAUAUAUAUAUAUAUUAUACACUUAUCAGCUAUUUAGCUAAAGUUUAAACAUUUCGUAUGCAUAUCAAACUCAAUGUGUAAAACUCAACUUAGGCUAACACUUUCGGUGACGAUCCAUCCAAUUUCGGUUUAUAUGGAUAUAUUUAUAUACAUACCGCCCCCUUUGGUUCGUGUACCAGUUUAUAGGGAUCUUCAGCACACAGAAUACUAGCAAACAAAAGUACCGAAAAUAGACUAUGUUGUUUUUUACAGUGUAUCUCCUUAUAUACAUACAUCCUAUGCUGAUCUCUCAACGACAAAGGAACCACGAAUGGAAAGAAACUAACCAAGCAAUAUAUAAAUUUAAAGCAAGACUGAAGGUCCUCCGCAGAAUAUUUUAUUCUCAUUUCAUUUUUUUGGUAGACACUCACUAACUUUAGUUAAAAGUUCUGUAAACCAAUCAAAAAAAAAAUAUAGUAGCAAAGACAACGAACAUUUCUAAUUUGUUUAUAUUUUUAUACAGAAGCGAUAAGAACAUUUAACCGAAGCCCAGGAAGGAAAAACCAAAAUGGAACCAAUUUCCGUUUUCAAAAAUAAAUAUACAUAAAUAUAUUAAAGUAAUGCGAAAUGAUAUAUUAAUAUAUAUACUCAAAGAGCAAUUUGUAGUCACAUUUUGUCCUCUAACUUGAACUACGCCAAUUACAUACAAAAUACAUAUCAAAAGUUUAACUCAACUCUAGAUCCUCCAUUGAUAUUGAUAUAUUGAUAUUAUUGAUGUAUUGUCUACUUAAAUUGAACGUGCAAAACUCAACAACUAUAAUGUACCUUAAAAGUCAACUCUCUAUUUCUUUAACUUUAACUUUAACUUAAUCUCUAAUGAAAAACUCAACUCUUGCAAUUUAUUCAAACUUUCAAUGUACAUACAUACAAAAAGUAUUCCAAAAAUUGAUUAAAAGAACAAAAAUUAACUAAUAACGAAGAAAAUUCGUAUAGAAAUUCAACAAAUUGUAAGAAAACCAAGAAGAAUCAACAUUUUAUGCUAUGGAAAAUUUUACGCAUGCAAUAAAUAAAUGUAAUUCGAAAAACGGAAAA